AUCUGGGGAUUGGGAACAAGCCCUUGAGUCAUACAUUUGUUUUUUCUGUGUGUUCAGGUGUCUUCCUGCUGCCUUACUGUUUCUUCGCCAUGCUGUGUGGUGUGCCGCUCUUCCUGCUCGAGACUGUUAUUGGUCAGUACACACAGGAGGGCACCAUCACCUGCUGGACCAAGCUCUGCCCACUGGCACAGGGGACCGGCUAUUCUAUCAUGGUGAUCCAGCUUUAUGGCAGAUUUUACAGCAUCAUCCUUGCCUGGGCGCUCCUGUACCUCAUCUACUGUUUCAGAGACCCUCUGCCCUGGGCCACCUGCAACAACCCCUGGAACACAGACAGAUGUGUAGAUCUCACCUCUCCAAACUGGACUGCAGUACACAGUGGCAACCUGACAGUAAACUGGACAUCUGGAAAUCUCACCAAGUCUUCAGUCUCUGAGUUUUGGGAGUGA